GAAUAACAAUUAUUUGUUUAAAAUUUGUAAAUUGAUGUUUGUGGAACAUUCAGAUAUGAACACUCGUUCCCAUCAACAGAAGUCGCGUGCUUCUUAAUUAAUAUAAUUGUUCUUCAGAGCUGAGGUUUGAAAACUUAUUGACGACUUAAAUCAGUGAAUGAAAAAUGACGCGAAACUUUUUAUGCAACGAGAAAACUGGGCUGCGGCAUGUGCCUCAUAGAACCAUUCGAUAUAUGGUAUAUGCUUUUAUUCUGAUUUCAUUCGUACUAACGACGUCCGUGAGCAGCGAAGAAUGUGGACAAGAGGAAUUUACCAAAUGUGCGGAACCGAUCGAAAUAUUACAUUUAACCUCAGAGUUUUCCAUUGGUGGCGCUAAAAAGGAAGAACUAGAUAAACUUUGUCAUGAAUUACGAAAAGGUGUAAGAUGUAUACAGAGCUACACAAGAAGAUGCAUGGACUUACAACAACGUAAUCAAUUUAAUAGAUUAUACCAUGGAACCAACCAAUUUAUUCGGGACUUGUGUAAUAAAGGCGAAUUUCAAGAUGAAUAUCUUAGGCAUGCACCUUGUAGCGAAAUUGCUAAGAAAGAAUUUGAGACUUGUGCUAACCAAUUUAAGGAAACCAUGGUCUUUCUUAAACCAAAUAAAAAUCAGGAAGCCGCCGAAAAUAACACCUUCGUUGAAAAUGUGAAAACAAUUUGCUGUUCCAUUAACGAGCUGGUUGACUGCUUUGAAGAUGCAGCGAAAAAAAUCUGUGGGUCGGAUGCUGCUAAAUUCACACGUGAGUUGGUCGAUAAGUACGCACACAGCUUAACAAAGUUUCCCAAAGUUUCAUUCGUACUAACGACGUCCGUGAGCAGCGAAGAAUGUGGACAAGAGGAAUUUACCAAAUGUGCGGAACCGAUCGAAAUAUUACAUUUAACCUCAGAGUUUUCCAUUGGUGGCGCUAAAAAGGAAGAACUAGAUAAACUUUGUCAGUAA